UUCAAAACAACAAUGGGCGAAGUUUGUAAGUCGUGGCUUUCUGUCAUUUGGCGAGUCUGCAACUUGUUAAUGUCUUUAUUCUUCGCUCUUGCAAGUUAUGUCCAGAUCAACGAUCCAGACGCAGGGGUGUGGAUGGUUGGUUACGGUGUCCCUGCAGUGUUGUGUGCAUGUGUUGGCUUCACACCCCACGUGACAGAGACUUUGCCCUGGAGGCGCGUGGCUGAUCUCCACGUGCUGAUAUCCAGCGCUGUUGUUGCCAUGUUGGGAUGGAGACUCUUCAGAGAGAGAAUCACUGAGAUCCUCCAGCAGGAGGAGGGCAGAGAAUUUUCUGGUCUCAUGUUGACGGCUGUUUGGCUUCUCCUGUGUCGUCACUCUGGAAGGGCUCCUGUCAGGAUGCUCAGAGUCUCAACAGCUGUUUCCAUCACAGUGUUCCCCUUUGUGGCCUGGCUUUACUACUACAUCCAUAAGGAGCUGAGAUCAAACUGGCCUUCACAUUGUCAAACUGCUAUUUAGACAUCUGCUUC